UGUGAUUACACAUCUAUUAGCUCUGUGUGCGCGAGACGGAGUCAGAUCAUGCGCGCGCACUGCUGAGUUGAGCGCUGAUGAUGAAGCGCUGUCUUUACACGCUCCACCGGGGAGAUGCGAGAAAUUAAUGAUGCAGUUUGUCUCUUACUGACCGACGUGCAGAAGAGAAGUUAUACUCAGAAGAAGAUGUUUUGAAUGGCUUAAUUUUGUGCGUGUUUUAGUUUUUUCCUCAAAGAUUUCAAACGAGCAUCACUUUUGCUCAAUGCCAAGAUGUUCUCAAUAAUAUGGAAAACAUAAAGUGUCAUCAGCUGAAAACAUAAUUUCAGUUCCACCAAGCCCAUGUGAGAGAAGAGACAAUGGGGUGUGAAAAUGUGACCAAUGGGACGGAGAACGGCAAGCCGCCCUACACCCUAUUGGUGGCCCUUCCACUGAGCGUUCUGGUGGGGCUCCUCAUCCUUCUCAUCGUUUUCGGCAACGUGCUGGUUGUCAUCGCCGUUUUCACGAGCCGAGCUCUCAGGGCUCCCCAGAACCUGUUCCUGGUCUCACUGGCAUCAGCCGACAUUUUGGUAGCAACUUUGGUGAUGCCGUUUUCUUUGGCCAAUGAGCUGAUGGGUUACUGGGCCUUUGGGCAAGUGUGGUGCGAAAUAUACCUUGCCCUGGAUGUUCUCUUUUGCACGGCCUCCAUAACUCACCUGUGCGCCAUCAGUUUGGACAGGUACUGGUCAAUCACACAAGCCAUUGAGUACAACCUCAAGCGCACGCCGCAACGAAUCAAGCGCAUCAUUUUUGGGGUUUGGGUCAUUGCCGCCGUAAUCUCCUUCCCGCCUCUCAUUACCAUGGAGAAGGAAGAGGGCUCCAUCUGCGAUAUUAAUCGAGAAAAAUGGUACAUUAUCUCCUCUUCCAUUGGCUCAUUUUUCCUUCCAUGCAUCAUCAUGGUGCUCGUCUACAUCCGAAUCUAUCAGAUUGCCAAGAAGAGGACCAGAGCACCCACUGGGGACCGGAGGAAAAAGGACGUAGACCUGAAGGAGAAUGAUCAGGGCGAGAAGGACCCUCACAAGAGACUAAACGGGGAUCCCACCGCUGAGCCGGAUGGAGCCAAUGACAAGGGCGAGAUAAAUGGAGUGGACAUGGAGGACUCGUCCUCCUCCGACCAUAAGGUCUCCAACCCCUGCUCCCUCAAGAAGAAGCGCUCCAAAGGAAAGACCAAGCUGAGCCAAAUCAAACCAGGAGACGACAAGCAAGAGGUCUGCCAGACCACCAAGACCAGCAGGUGGAAGGGCCGUCAGAACCGCGAGAAGCGCUUCACCUUUGUCCUAGCGGUGGUUAUUGGCGUAUUUGUAAUAUGUUGGUUCCCUUUUUUCUUCACGUACACACUGACGGCGUUUUGCAACUGCUGUGUGCCGGUGAAGCUUUUCAAGUUCUGCUUUUGGUUCGGCUACUGCAACAGCUCCCUCAAUCCCAUUAUAUACACCAUCUUCAAUAAUGACUUCAGAAGGUCCUUUAAAAAGAUUCUCUGCCGGAGAGAUAAUAGGCGAGUGUUGUGAAUGGGCUGCUGGGCUUUUUCUUUCCAUUUUUUAAUGUCAUAACACACUGACCAGGACGGUCCUACUCAGAUCAUGUCACUGUAAUUACUUGUGUACAGUAAAUCAACAUGCCAUGUGUAAUUUUACAACAAGAAACUCUCACCUGCUUUGUAUAAGUGUCACAAUGUAACCAUGCAUGGUUAUGCAAUUACAGCACAAUAUGUGGCAGAUUCGUCCAUUUCAGAAAUGUAUUGUUGUGUUGUAGUUCUUAAUAUACUGUAUGUGCUGUAUAUUUUGUAACUGUGGUAUUUUAUGAUCUAAUAAUGUGGAGACCAUCAGUAAGCACAUUUACAAUGGCAACGCCAUUGAUGUUGCUCAAAAUGUGAAAUACAAUUCAAAAUGUGCCAAAGGAGUAAGGACUAUUGUGGCUAUCGGCCUUCAAUCUUUGUGCUGUGCUGCAAUACUCAUAUGCAGAGUGUCAAACUACUUGCUGCAAUGCUGAUUGUCUUCUCAUGGCGCCUUUUUACUUCCCUGACAUAUUGUGUAAUUCAUUAUGAAGGUGUUGUUAUUGUAUGGCGCAGGAAUCGUCUUUUAUCCCUGCCGGUAAUGGUUCAUUUAAAAUCUCGAUAUGCACCGUUGGGCAAAAAGAAGUUGAGCUAGUCUGACUGGAACCUGACGUGUCGGUGUCACAACAAAUUUUUCUGCUUUUGAUGUAAAUUAUAUCUGUCAUUCCCGAUAUAAUGGAUGGAUUUUUGGUCCCAUAACACAAGCCAAUUACAGAGAUUAUUGCAGUGAUUGCUGGAACUAAUAAACCAAGUGACAAACAGGCCAAUGUUUUAUUCCUGAAAGCUACAUUACUAGAUGAGUUUGCAUCUGUUCUCCGACAUAUGGAGUGUGAUCUUUGGGUCUGAAUGCACAACAAUACAGAGAGGAAUACUCAGCAAGAUAUCAAAUGACUGACAACAUGACAACAGAGUGUCUGCAGGUCAAGGUGAGGAUAAACCUCUCAGAGAGAUCAUCCUAGUGCUGUUAGAUAUCCAGUGGAGUGAGAUGGAGUGAGUGUCCUGUCCAUUCCUGUUCGACCUAGUAACACGGUUAAAAAAACAAAGGUCUCAAAUGACAUAUACAAACUACCUGUCGCUGUGCAUUUUGCCAUAUCUGAAAAAACUCAUUUUGAUGUAUGACUCAGCUUGAUAUUGGCUGUUUUCUGUCCUGGUUGUGCUCUUGAAGUGUUUUGCCACUAAGAUCUAAAAAAAAUUUGUAUGCACUCACACUCUUAACUGACAAAGAAAAGCACUCAAGAAAAUAAAAUAAAAAAAU